CGUUGCUUUUGGAAACAGCUGGUAGUUUCUGUCAGCGAACACUGCGUGGCUUUGAGAGCAGCCUUUUUUUUUGGGGGGGGGACAGAAAAUAAAAAUAAAAAGUUGAAAUUAGCUGCGAAAAUUUACCGACAGCGUUUCGAUUUGACUCACAGUGGCCGUUUCAGUAGACGCCGGGAAAUGUCAUCCUGUGAACGCCACUUCAUCGGCCAGUUGUUCGUUAAAGACCUCGAAGCAGCCGGGCGGUGCUAACGCCAGCUAGCCAGCUAACUUUGUAGUCACACAGCAACAACCCGGCAGGAUACACGCUUUCUGUCAUUGCAGAGAAACUGUCAGCUUGUUGUUGGUGUUCUUGCAGUGUAGAAGUGAAGUGGGGCUUUUUUUUUUUUUUUGCUUAAUUUCAACAUGACUCAUGUGCAUUAUAAAUUCUUUUCCAAACUCAGUUACAACACGGUGGUUCACGACGGGCCGAACAUCACGCUGCAGGAUCUGAAGAGGCAGAUCAUGGACAUGGAGAAGCUCAGAGUCGGUUACUGCGACCUGCAGAUCACCAACGCGCAGACCAAGCAAGAGUACAAAGAUGAAGAAGGUGCGAUCCCUAAGGGCUCCUCCGUCAUCGUCCGGAGAAUCCCCAUCGUCGGAGUCAAGUCGGGCAUGAACAGCAAAACACGCAACAUUGAGCGAUCAGAUGUCAAGCAGCUGCGCCACGUCCAGGGAGCCAACAGAGCAAUGGCCGACCAGAGUUCAUCCAAAGAGUCACUCUUUUUCUCUCAGAUGGCUAACCUGGCUGAUGCAGACGCGUCUGAGGAGGAUAAGAUCAAGCGCAUGAUGAAUCAGUCAUCCUAUGAUUCCAUGAAUUACAGCAAUAAGUUUGGUAACCCUCUUCCCUUAAACUACGUCUGUUAUCGCUGUGGGAAUACCGGACACCACAUCAAAAAUUGUCCCAACAGUAAGGAUAAAAAUGUUGAGACCCCUGUGAAAAUAAAAAAAAGCACAGGAAUUCCUCGCUCCUUAAUGGUAGAGGUUGAUGAUCCAAGUAUGAAAGGAGCCAUGCUCACCAACUCUGGACGUUACGCCAUCCCUGCCAUCGACGCGGAAGCAUACGCCAUCGGCAAGAAGGAGAAGCCUGCGUUUCUUAUGGCGGAUCAGCCAGAGGCAGUCGAGGAUCCUGUUCCUGAUGAACUUCUCUGCCUGAUCUGUCGAGACCUGCUGAGUGACGCUGUGGUCAUCCCCUGCUGUAAAAACAGCUACUGUGAUGACUGUAUCCGCACUGCCUUACUGGAUUCUGAGGAACACACCUGCCCCACUUGUAACAAAUCAGAUGUCUCCCCCGAUACCCUGAUAGCCAAUAACUUCCUCCGACAGGCUAUCAACACUUUUCAUAAGGACCGAGGAAACUCCAAAACACUGAGAAUAGGGUGUGGUACCUCGCAGUCCAAUAACCCAACCCCAAAUCCGAGCCCAGCUCCCAGCCCGCCCCCUCUCUUUCCACAGAUUCAACCUCAGAAGCCUGCCCAACUAAUCCAGAGCCAACAGGAUCCUCUCCUGCACAGUUUAGAGACUGUUGACACACCAUCAUUGUCUCAGGAGUCUGAGGCUCUUCCCUCGGCCACAGGCCCCACCUCUGCUUCAAAUACACCCGAGAGGUCCCCCCAGACUCUGCAAAUCCACCAGGAGACAACUGAAAAAGCUGAAGAAAAGACAGAGGAUGAAUCAGAGGCUGCUGCUGCUGCUGCUGCCCCGUCUGGACUUGUUUCAGAAACUGCUGCUCCAUCAGAGAUCAAACCACUGGUUGACCACACUCCAGCGGUUGAGCAUUCACAGUCGGUCAGCAUGAAUCAACUGAAGUCUUCCUCAGGAUCAUGGAGUGAAUUGAACCUACAGCACCUUCCUCCUCCCUCUUCUUCUUCUUCCUCCCCGUACCCUCCAACUCCCCCGCCUCUCUUUGCCUCCCCACAUUUCCCCACAUUCCAGCCUCUCAGCGGAUACCCCUCUGGAUACCCACCUGCCACUCCUGUCUGGACUUUCCCAACACUUACUAGAGCCCCCAUUCCCUCCCUCUGCUCCACUAACUCCUCCUCCCCCAUCCCCGCUCUCAUACCCAAUGAUUGGUACAUGUAUCAGAGGAAGACGAAGGAAAGAUCGCCUCACAGAGGAUCUGUCUACAGACACUCUUCAAAGUCAUCUAAGUCCAAGUCCUCUCACUCCUACCCGUCAAGCAGAUCUAGAUCACGUUCCAGGUCCAGGUCCAGGUCCAAAGGCAGUCCAAGGUCACCUCACAGAGGAUCAGCCUAUAGACGCUCUUCAAAGUUGUUCAAGUCCAAAUCAUCUCACUCUUACCCUUCAAGCAGAUCCAGGUCCAGGUCCAGAUCCAAAGGCAGAUCAAGGCCCCACUCAUCUUCCUCCCGCCACAGAGAUCACCGCACCAGCUCCCAUUCCUCCCAUGCUUACAGCUUUGGUUACAAGCGUUCGCACUCUCCUACAACGUCCUCGUCCUCUUCACCUCGAGCAGGUAACCAUUCCAGGCAUGAGUCACCAUCACAUCAUCCCCAUCAUAGAAAGAAAUCGGCUACAAGCAGGUCCAGGAAGGGAGGAGAGCACCACAGUGAAGAGGGUGGCUCUGCUGGAAGUUCAGCUGGUUACAUGUAUCCUCAGAAUGCAGAGCAAACGAGCAGCCCAGAGAUGGACAGGCAGCGCUACCUUCAAUGGAAAAGAGAAUACAAAGAGUGGUGUGAGAAACAUUUGAGCAGCUACCUGGAGCACUUCCACCAGCUGCCUCCUCUUCCUCCUUUUCCUUUUCCUCCUGGCGGGGACAAAGAAAAAAGCAAAUAUAACAAGCACGCCAAUUUGCGUGACCAGCACCAAGGACGAUGUGCUUCCCGGACACAUUACCACUCCCCUCCGUCACAGUCCUCCAGUGACAGCUGCUCGACUUCAUCUCAGUCUUCAAGUGACAGCAGCUCCAAAUCAUCUCAUGCAUCUAGCGACACAAGCUCCUCCCCAACACAUUCAACGAACCGCAUUCGUUCCCCUACUUCUCUGAAUUCCAGUGACAGUCGCUCAACUCAGUCUGAAGACGGAGCUCAGCAGAGGUGCGACGAGAAGUACAGCAAGCGGCCAGACACGCAUAAAAAGGAAAGUGAGGGGGUCGGAAUAAGAGAAAAUAAAAAUGUGAAACAGCUUAAAGUGAAGAAUUUGGAGAAUGUAAGCACCCUAAAACAAGAGGAAAGAAGAGGAGAGGAGUCUUCAAUGGACGACUGCAAAAAGGACAACAAGAGCCAAAGUAUCUGUAAUGAUGGUUCCACAGUAGAAGAAGAGGCAACCGGCAGCAAGGCCAGUGACAGUCGCUUAACUCAGUCUGAAGACGGCGCUAAGCAGAGGUGCGACGAGACGUACAGCCAGCGGCCAGACACACAUAAAAAGGAAAGUGAGGAGGUUGGAAUAAGAGAAAAUAAAAAUGUGAAACAGCUUAAAGUGAAGAAUUUGGAGAAUGUAAGCACCCUAAAACAAGAGGAAAGAAGAGGAGAGGAGUCUUCAAUGGACGACUGCAAAAAGGACAACAAGAGCCAAAGUGUCUGUAAUGAUGGUUCCUCAGUAGAAGAAGAGGCAACCGGCAGCAAGGCCUCAGAAUCAGCCAAACAACACAUGAAACCAGAUAAGUAUUUGGAUAAAGACUAUGACAGAGAAAGCAGGGAACAAAGGAAUACAGAUGUAGAGAAAGGAAUGCGAAGAGACAAGUGCUCAGACUCCAGGAUUUCGAGAGAUGUCACAAAGAACAAAGAAAGAUCCAGCACAGGGAAACACGGGAUGGAGAAACACAGACACAGACACCCCAUAGCUUCUGACUCCAGAUCUGAAAAGAAUAGAAAAAGAAAAGGAGAGGACAUGGAGAGAAGAUCUGAAAAGGCUCAAAGCAGCAAAUGGCUGAAAACUAAAACUACAGAGGUCCCUGAACCCCUCCAGGGGGAAUCCCAAAAUCCAUUUGAGAGAACAAAGCAGAAACCAGAGAAGAAAUAUGAGAAGAAAGCAUGGUCUCUGGCAGUCAAAGACAUCUGGGAGGAUGGGAUGAAAGUAAAACCACAGAAGAAGAUAAGCAUCAACAUCAAGCUGGAUACAAAACCGAACGAAGACAAAACUGAAGCACAUGCCACGUCUUAUUCAAAGGAACAAAUUGAGCAGGCGGGUGCUAGAGAGGAGGAGAUUGGGAUUAGAGGAGAAAUGGAAACUGACACAGAUCAAAACAAGGAAUCCAGCAGAGACCAAGAAGAACAAAAAGUAAAGAUAGAAGGAGAGGCAAGACAGCUGUGGGCGAAAAAUACCUUCAAAGAGGAGACGGUAGAUAAAACAGACGUUAGAGGUAAGAAAGAGGACAGAGAAUAUGAGGAAUUGGACAAAUGGGACUUUGAGGAGGAGAGGGAAGAGGAGGAAAGUAAAAACUUGUGGGUGGAUAAAGAAAGGAUGAAGGCCAGUGAUGGAGAAGAAGUGAUGGAUGAUGAAGAGAGGAGUGUGAGAGGAAGAAAGGAAAAAGAAAGAGGGGUAAGGAGCGAUUGCAGAGGUCAAGAGAUGGGAGAGGUGUUUUUAAGUACCGAGAAAGAGGGAGCCAAAGGUGAAAUCGCAGGCAAGGAAAACAGAGAAACCCUGCUGGAGAAGGCAGAGCCGAAGGAGAUGGAGGGGAGGACAAAAGAAAGAGACGUAUCGAUGUCAAAGUCACAGAGGAGCAGAAGUGAAAGCAACCAAGAGCAACCGAACACCACUCUGGAUGAAGACAGCAGCAGCUCUGAGGGUUGUCAGGAGAGAAAAGGGUUGCUGAAAACUCUGGAGGAAUACACUGAUGACACAGCUGCUGACGAGCUCGUUCUCAAACAGGUCCCACGCUCCAAAUGGAAGAAGGAAGAGUCUGAGGACAAAGUGUGUCUGCCCUCCACGUCUGUGUCUGUGACAGCAGAGGCAACAACCAUCCAAGAAACCGGGAGAGAGACCGCACGUCAGAGAGAGACGUCAACUGAAAUAGUUAGAGAAAAGGUGAAGGACGGAGGUAGAGGCAGGGAUGGGGAGAAAAACUCACACAGAAGUGUGGCUCCCUCUAGUGGCAGAGACCGACACGACAACACCCCUUGUUCAGACAGAGACAAGGUGGGAGAGAGGGAGAGUGAGAGAUGGAGGGAAAAGCAUAAGGAGAGCAUAAGAUCAAAAGUGAGAACAAGGGAGGAGGAUAAAGGGAGAGACAGGGAGAGAGAGAGGAAUACUUCCAGGAAUGUCCCCCCCUUGUCUCACUCUCACUCCUCUUUGACAAAACAUGACUCAGGGAGGAGAGAGAAGCAUCCAGAGGGUGAUCAGAGCAGGAAGAAGAGUUCCUCAUUCCCUGUUGGGAAUUCCUUCAGUGGCAAAAGCUGUGAAAGCAGCGCAAUAAGUAACGCUUUCAAACUGCCUGAUGAAAAUGUGCCCAAAAGAGAUAGAAACAUGUCACUUGACUGGAAAUGUAAAGACAGAGAUCGUCCCAGUUACAGCUGGGAGAGAGACCAACUCUCUUCCAAAUCGUCUGAAGGGUCAGCGAUUAGUAAGCCCAGAAUAGGCAGCUCCGGUCGAGAAGUAACGCACAGCAGUAGAAAUGAGAGCAAGGUUGAAAAUAAAGAAUGGAAGGAGAAAAAAAUGAAUAAAGUGACAAAAGAAAGAAAAGAAAAUCAGGGAUUUUUCGCAAGAGAGAAGGAGGUAGUGGACGGAGGCAUGAGGCGUAAAUCUGGGCAGAUGGACUACGCUGACAGGAAAAAGAUGGAGGAUGGGGAGAGGCCGAGCAGCCGCAGCAGCAACAGUUCUUCAUCGAGCCAGGAGAGCUGCAGGGACAACCGGAGAGUAAGAGAAGACGCACAAAAGCUGCUGGAGGAAAAAGGAGGCCUUGUGAAAAGCAAAGAUGAGGAGAGUGACGGAGGGGUGAAGGACCACACCAAGCUCUGCUCAGUUACGUCAUCUAAUCGUCAUGGAAAGAAAAUCUAAUUUACUUGAAUAAUGUUUUUUUCUUUCUCUGUGCAAAAGUGCCUGGAUUAUUCUUUUUUUCUUUUUUUUCGUUUCACUUAAAAAUAUCUCGUAUCAGACAUGCAUCACUCUAUGAAAGUAAACAAAAUGUGAAGCUAAAGCACUUUAAGAAUACAAAUGAAAAAAGCAAAUGAAUGUGAAUGACAUCAAGUGUAAAACCUUUGACUUCUUGAUACUUAAUAGUUUGAGUAAUUUGCACAAUUUGCAGGACUGCCAACAACUAUGGUUUACCUACUGAACAUGCAGGAUCACAACUAGCAGAAAAAGAAAAUAUUUAUUUUGACAGCAGGCCAGUCGGUCUCAUACAGGAGCACAAAGUGCGUCAAGUUUUGCUGAACGCAGUUUGUGAUCAAUUGAAAACAAAUACUGUCCAUAUUUAUGAUUUGAACCUCUGUGUUGUAUUUAAUUUUAAUUAUUAAUUUUGUAAAUAUUUGGUUUAAAUAAAGGAAAUGCUGGAUGAAUGAUGAAUGCAUAACCAGAGGAAAGUUUAGUUUUUUCCUAUUUUGAAGGAAAUAAAAAAGAAACAUCCUUAAAA